CCGGCCCUUGGAGACAUUGAAGUGUGGCGCUCGGGUGUCACUAUUUCUUCCGGCUGCUACGCGGUGCACGGAUUCAGCGCUGCCAGUGCGGCUUCCCGCGGUGUGCGCGGUUGCGUGCGACCCCCAGCCCGGCACACCUCAGUGCACGAUGAGGAAAGGUCUGCGGUCGACGGCGGCCCGCUGCGGGCUGGGACUGGGGUACGUGCUGCCGAUGUUCGUGCUACCUGCCCUGGCCUUGCUGAGCGCCAGCGGCACCGGCUCCGCCGCUCCAGAUGAUGACUUUUUUCAUGAACUCCCAGAAACCUUUCCAUCGGACCCACCUGAGCCUCUGCCGCAUUUCCUUAUUGAGCCUGAAGAAGCUUACAUUGUGAAAAAUAAGCCUGUGAACCUGUACUGUAAAGCCAGCCCUGCCACCCAGAUCUACUUCAAGUGCAACAGUGAAUGGGUUCAUCAGAAGGACCACAUAGUAGAUGAGCGAGUAGACGAAACCUCCGGUCUCAUUGUGCGUGAAGUAAGCAUUGAGAUUUCACGCCAGCAGGUGGAAGAACUUUUUGGACCUGAAGAUUAUUGGUGCCAGUGUGUGGCUUGGAGCUCGGCAGGCACCACAAAGAGCCGGAAGGCCUAUGUGCGCAUCGCAUAUCUACGAAAGACAUUUGAGCAGGAACCAUUGGGAAAAGAAGUAUCUUUGGAACAGGAAGUCUUGCUCCAGUGUCGACCUCCUGAAGGGAUUCCAGUGGCUGAAGUGGAAUGGUUGAAAAAUGAAGACAUAAUUGAUCCUGUGGAAGAUCGGAAUUUCUAUAUUACUAUUGAUCACAACCUCAUCAUAAAGCAGGCCCGCCUCUCUGACACAGCAAACUAUACUUGUGUGGCCAAAAACAUUGUUGCCAAGAGGAAAAGCACAACUGCAACUGUUAUAGUCUAUGUAAACGGAGGCUGGUCCACGUGGACAGAGUGGUCUGUGUGUAACAGCCGCUGUGGACGAGGGUAUCAGAAGCGCACGAGGACCUGUACCAACCCUGCACCGCUCAAUGGCGGGGCCUUCUGUGAAGGGCAGAGUGUGCAGAAAAUCACCUGUACCACGCUGUGCCCUGUGGACGGCAGGUGGACCUCGUGGAGCAAGUGGUCUACCUGUGGGACUGAGUGCACACACUGGCGCAGGAGGGAGUGCACAGCCCCAGCUCCCAAGAACGGAGGCAAGGACUGCGAUGGGCUUGUGCUGCAGUCCAAGAACUGCACGGAUGGGCUCUGCAUGCAGACUGCUCCUGAUUCAGAUGAUGUCGCUCUGUAUGUUGGCAUCGUGAUAGCCGUGAUAGUUUGCCUGGCCAUUUCUGUAGUCGUGGCCCUGUUUGUGUAUCGGAAGAAUCAUCGUGACUUCGAGUCUGAUAUAAUUGACUCCUCAGCACUGAAUGGAGGCUUUCAGCCUGUGAACAUCAAGGCAGCCAGACAAGACCUCUUGGCUGUACCCCCAGACCUCACUUCAGCUGCAGCCAUGUACAGAGGACCCGUCUAUGCUUUGCAUGAUGUCUCAGACAAAAUCCCAAUGACCAAUUCUCCAAUUUUGGAUCCACUGCCUAAUCUGAAAAUCAAAGUAUACAACACCUCAGGUGCUGUCACCCCCCAAGAUGACCUCUCUGAGUUCGCAUCAAAGCUUUCCCCUCAGAUGACUCAAUCUUUGUUGGAAAAUGAGGCUCUCAAUCUGAAGAAUCAAAGUCUAGCAAGGCAGACAGACCCAUCCUGCACUGCCUUUGGCACCUUCAACUCCCUCGGGGGCCACCUUAUUGUUCCCAACUCAGGAGUAAGCUUGCUGAUUCCCGCUGGGGCCAUUCCCCAAGGGAGAGUCUACGAAAUGUAUGUGACUGUACACAGGAAAGAAAAUAUGAGGCCACCCAUGGAAGACACUCAGACACUUCUAACCCCUGUGGUGAGCUGUGGACCUCCAGGGGCCCUUCUGACCCGACCCAUCAUCCUCACCAUGCAUCACUGUGCAGACCCCAAUACUGAGGACUGGAAGAUACAGCUCAAGAACCAGGCCACCCAGGGACAGUGGGAGGACGUGGUGGUGGUGGGAGAGGAGAAUUUCACCACACCCUGCUACAUUCAGCUGGACACCGAAGCCUGCCACCUUCUCACAGAGAGUCUCAGCACCUACGCCCUGGUGGGCCAGUCCACCACGAAAGCGGCCGCCAAGCGCCUGAAGCUGGCCAUCUUUGGACCCCUGUGCUGCUCCUCUCUGGAGUACAGCAUCAGGGUGUACUGUCUGGAUGACACCCGAGAUGCCCUCAAGGAAGUCUUGCAGCUUGAGCGACAGAUGGGAGGACAGCUCCUAGAAGAACCAAAGGCUCUUCAUUUCAAAGGCAGCACCCACAACCUGCGCCUGUCCAUUCACGAUAUCGCCCAUGCCCACUGGAAGAGUAAAUUGCUGGCUAAAUAUCAGGAAAUCCCUUUUUACCAUGUCUGGAGUGGAUCGCAACGAAACCUCCACUGCACAUUCACCCUGGAAAGAUUUAGCCUGAACACAGUGGAGCUGGUUUGCAAACUGUGUGUGCGGCAGGUGGAAGGCGAGGGGCAGAUCUUCCAGCUAAACUGCACUGUGUCUGAGGAACCUACUGGCGUUGAUUUGCCUCUGCUGGACCCAGCAAGCACCAUCACCACUAUGACAGGCCCCAGUGCUUUCAGCAUCCCUCCCCCCAUCCGGCAGAAGCUCUGUAGCAGCCUGGAUGCCCCGCAGACUAGAGGUCACGACUGGAGGAUGUUGGCCCAUAAGCUGAACCUGGACAGGUACUUGAAUUACUUUGCUACCAAAUCAAGCCCAACUGGUGUGAUCCUGGAUCUUUGGGAAGCACAGAACUUCCCAGAUGGAAACCUGAGCAUGCUGGCAGCUGUCUUGGAAGAAAUGGGAAGACAUGAAACAGUCGUGUCCUUAGCAGCAGACGGACAGUAUUGACCUGAGCUGGAAUGGUAAAGGAAGGAUGAGGAUGCCCAGAGCCUGCGGCAUCCAGAGGAUCAAGCUGAGGAGGAAAUUCAGAUCAGACCACGAGUUCACAAGCGAGAUUGCAGCGGGAGAGAGAAAGAAAACAAAACAACUACCAAUAUACAAGCCCACUUCACUCGGACAUCACCACAAGAUUUAGGAACAAUUGUGUAAAUUUGUAUCUUGACUUUAAAAAUCACUCUAAUUUUCCUCUUAGUUGGGCUGUAUGCUGUGUGGUACAGGAUCUUACAGUUUCCUAGGAAACGCUUUUAUCGUUAUCCAGAUAUAUGGAUAAACUUUCUUAACAGACCCAAUUUCUACAAACGUUGUUUACAUCAAAUUGGACAGGGAUGCAGACACUGUCCAUGGCUCGUUCUAUUUUUGUUUAAGUCGUUUGAAGUUGAAGCUGUGGACGGUUUGUUGUGUCUAUUUCUCAUUAGUAAUUUACAGAGAAUCACAGACUUUUGCUACAAAUUGUGUGCAUCUAAUGUCUCAGAUAACCCUCCUAUUGCUGUUCUGUUUCUAGAACUUGUAGAACCAGUCAGUGUUACUGUUUGUAUCAGGGAAGUGGAGAAUCUAAGUGUAAAGGAAGUGACUAAGAUUAUGUAGCCCGUGAGGGUACCCAUCUGGAGCCCUCUGGGAAUAAGCUAUAGUAUUGCAGGGAAAACAGAUUCAUAUUCGACCACACAAGCAAGCAUUCCUUCAUGACAUAUGUGUUUGUAAUUUGCAGUUCAAAGUGUUUUUUUAUGGUAUAUUAUUAUCAUUAAUAUAAUUACUGAAUAUU